AUGCCGCCAAAAAAGAGAUUCCCAAACUCGCGCUUCCAGCCUUCGCGGAUCAAGAAAAUCAUGCAGACAGACGAAGAAAUCGGCAAAGUAGCCAAAGCAGUUCCAGUCCUCAUCUCUCGCGCGAUCGAACUCUUCAUGCAAAAACUCCUCCACGAUGCUGAAACGGCGGUUAGUCAGUCGAAGACGUACAGAACGAUUUUGCCACAGCAUAUCAAACAAGCGAUAACAAAUACCCAGUCUUUGAACUUUCUCUCUGGACUCGUGGAAAACAUCCCUGACCUGCCGCCUAGUGACAAAUCGACACCAAUUUCACGAAAACGACCGCACCCGAAAAUGUCGAAGCAAGAACCCGCCGCUUCCUUCAUUCACCCAUCCGUUAUCGUAUCGCCUCCCAUAAAACGGGAAAGAUCAACCGACGAAGAGCCCACUCCUGAGCCCGCUCAAGUCUCACCACUACCACUCUCAGCAGCAACAGCUACGACAAGCUACGCUUUCAACGACAGCAACCCGCAAACAACUCCCGACUCGCUCACGAAGCCGACCAUUCCCGGUUAA